CAAAUACAGAACCCCAUUAUAACCGGACUUUUCAUUCUAUGUCUACUUAAGCUUAAAUCCAGAGAGUAAAAAUUUAAUAUGAAAUGAGCUUUGUUAAGCAAGUUGGAGAUGGAGGGAGAUUAGUUCCUGUUCCAAGUCUCAGUGAAGCUGACAAAUAUCAACCUUUGAGCCUUGUGGUUAAGAAGAAAAGAUGCUUUUUGUUACAGAGAGCUAAAUUUACCUCAACACCUUUCACAUUGAACGAUAUUCUCCUAGGAGACAGAGAAAUUUCAGCUGGUAUCUCAUCCUAUCAAUUACUGAAUUAUGAAGAUAAAUCAGAUGUUUCCCUCUAUGGAAGACGAGGAAAUCAUAUGGUGAAUGAUGUUGGGAUUAACGUUGCUGGAUCAGAUUCUAUUGCAGUAAAAGCUUCAUUUGGUGUGGUAACUAAGCAUGAAGUAGAAGUAACAACAUUGCUCAAGGAACUUACUACUAGAAAAAUUAACUUUGAUCACUGCCUAAUCCGUCAGUCAAGGAGUAGUAGAAAGGCAGUAUUGUGUGUGGUCAUGGAAAGUAUCAGAACAACACGCCAGUGUUCUUUAUCUGUGCAUGCUGGAAUGCGUGGGGAAGCAGUGAGGUUUCACAUUAUUGAUGAACAAAACCCAAAAGGAAGAGACAAAGCCAUUGUUUUUCCAGCACACACAACUAUAGCUUUUAGUGUUUUUGAACUUUUCAUUUAUUUGGAUGGUGCCUUUGACCUUUGUGUCACUUCAGUGUCAAAAGGAGGAUUUGAGAGAGAAGAAACAACAACAUUUGCAGUGCUCUACAGAUUAAGAAAUAUACUGUUUGAACGAAAUAGAAGGGUGAUGGAUGCCAUUGCUCGCUCUGAACUUUACAUGGAUGAUCUUUUCUCAGAUUACUACUAUGAUAAACCCCUCAGUAUGACUGACUUUUCCCUUAGAGAAGGGACUCAUGUCCGAGUUAAUUUACUCAAUCAUAAUAUUCCAAAAGGGCCUUGUGUCCUCUGUGGAAUGGGGAACUAUAAGAGGGAAACUGUUUAUGGAUGUUUUGAGUGUUCUUUCAAUGGACAAAAGUAUGUAAGACUUCAUGCUGUGCCCUGCUUUGAUGUUUGGCACAAGAGAAUUAAAUAAAAUGAGUGCCUUUGGUGCAGUUGUAAGUGUAAUUGUGCCAUAACCCUUUCCAAAUGACUUGGUUGGUUCAAGUGAGUCAAUCAAUUGUGAAAAAAUAAGAAAGGUAAAAAUUAACUGCAAAGAUAUUUAUUUUUUAAAUUUUCCUCAAAAUUUUUAUUUACAUUUCAAAAUAUACAGUAUUUCAGAAACAUUUUGACUAGUCACUACAAAAAUGUUGUGGCUUUACCUUGUUUUGUCACUUGAAGUCAGAAAGCUCUACAAAAUUUUUUUUUCCCUGAAUAUCAGUUUUAUUUUUAAUGACAUUAAUUCAAAAUUUUAAUGGUGAAUUGAAUGUAGAAAUGUUUUCUUAAAAAAAAGCAUACCACUUAUGUUAUGGCCUAGUAAAAUAAGAAAAAUGUUAAGAAUUUAAUGUAAUCCUACAUGUUUAAUUGCAGUAUCAAAUUAAAAAGACAUUAAGAAUUCUCUUAAGCAUAAGGUUUCAUAAACAGAGUUGAGAACUAGAGAUUGGGAAGUAGGUUUUAUUACUGAAUGUGCAUCUGCUCUAUAGUUUUGUGGUUAUAAGAUUCCUUAUUGCCACUUCAAACCUAUUGCAAAGAUCAGAAUUCUGUUUUUUCUCUCUCAUGAAGAUGCAUAAGAACAAAACACUUCAAUGAAUGUGGAUUUAGAAGGCCUUAUUUGUCUAUACUACAAGGUAUCAAGAAUUUGCAAACAAAAUUUACUGGGCCCUAAUUUUUAAUGUUGCUCAACCUAUAUAAAAAGAAGACAUACAAAAGAAAAUACCAAAAUGAAAAGCAAUUAUAGGGAUGAGGACUGGCCCUGUGAUUUCAUUGGUAUAAGUAACUCACAGGUGAAGAAACUUCCUCUACCGAUGCAGGUUAGCACUUUCUCUGCACUUUGUGCAGGUGGAUGGAGCAAGGUCUCAUAGCUAGUAUGUGUUAGACACAGGACUUGAAUCCAGUUCAUUCCUCGAUUCAUUAUGCCAUACUGACUAUAAAAUACACACUCAAAAUUAUAAUUACUCUACAGGUUUUCCAUAUACAGAGACUUAAAAAUAAUUGUAUAUGUUAAUACAAAACACCACUACUGUGUUAAUACAUUAAUGUACUUGUGUUUGUCAUGUAAUGUAAAUGUGCAGAAAAAAUUUAAUUUCUUCUUUCUCCAUAUAUACAGCAAGACCUUUUUUCUUCACUAAUUAAAAUUUUUUAAAAUGUAACUUCAGACAGUUAAGGGACAGGAUGAUUAGAGUGUGAUUUAUUAUGGAACAACACAAUUUUUAUAUCCUUCAGAUCAACAAAUAUUUAUCGUAUAAUCAUAAUACGUUUGGCAUUACACAGAAGAUACCAUAUAACACAUUUGUGACCUGUAGGAGGCCAAAGUAAGAGUCAACACAACAAGAUCCAGUUGUUUGGGGUUUUUUUUUUUACUAUACUUUUAUAAAAGUAU